UUUUUUUUUUUUUUUUUUUUUUUUUUUUUUUUUUUUGCCUACUGAUUUUUAACCAUUCAUGCGAAAUCGGACUUAAUAAAUCAAACCUGAAAUAAUUUCCUCAAAAUGGAAUUACGUUUAUUCUUCCCCAUGUUGUCCAUGCUCUCUUCUGGAAUCGUUCACACAGCAAUACCUGCGUCUUUGGGUGAAGGUGCAGGGAGUUCCAUAAUCGCGCGCCACCCACGAACCAAGCGAUGCUCGUGCGCAACUUUUCUGGAUAAAGAAUGUGUGUACUUUUGUCAUCUGGACAUAAUUUGGGUAAACACUCCAGAACGCACGGUAUCUUAUGGACUGGGCAACGCACCUCGCAAGAAGCGCUCAGUGGAGGGGUCUCGCGCUACAGAGAUCCCGCGCUGCAAGUGCACCGACAGCAGUGACAGCACGUGCUCUUUAUUCUGCCACACAGAUAAAGAAACUAGUCACAAGGCAGCGCAAGAAAAAGUGAUCUCUAGCGCCGGGGGCGAUGACCGUGCCGAAAACCAACACAAAUACAACCUGGCAACCAAGAUAUUGAGGGGUAAAAGGGCCCAUAUGAGAGCUCACACUUCAUUGGUGAGGACCACUGGACAAUCUGCUUCCUCCUUAAGAAAUUGCGGGUGAAGCCUCAUGAGACAUGAGCUUGGGCUGCUGAGAACAACGCCUCCUAGAGGUAGACACAGGGUCUUGCACUUCACCAAGCCUCUCUGAGCAAGGCACCAGUAGACCCUUCUUUAUGGUGAGAUCACAUGACACGCGUUCUCUGAGGUGUCAUGGGACCUUCUUGCAGAGGCCCUGCACUCAGAACUAGACUCCUGAGUCCAGAAAGCUGAUGCCUGCAUGGGUUGGUCUUUGUGAGCAUCAAGUGUUAGCAGGAAAACCAUCACCUCUUGAGGAAGACAGGGAAGCAAAAAUAUGGACCCUGAACACUCAGAAGAGUUCCAGGUGUGAUAUCAGCCAACUGAUGAGUUCAAGCUCAUUUUCACUGCUUGCAGGACAAAUGGCUUUGUACACUCUCAUGUUCCUGAACUGGAACUCUAGCAGGGACACGCAAGAGCUGCAUCUGUCCACAGUCAACUCAGAAGUCUCUUCAGUAAUUUACACAAGUAUUGCAUGUUACAUGAUGGAUGUAAUGUGCUGUUAUGACUGAAAUCAGUGGCAGGUGCUGGAUGUGAUAGUCUGUACUCAUUAAAAACCCAGACAGUAUAUUUGCUUUUCAGUAAUACUGGAUCUUUUCUUGUCAUCUCUGACCUGUUCACUUUUCAUUACAUGCUGUAUGAUGAUAUUGCUCUGUAGCUGUAAUCAAUGCAAAUGGUUAUUUAUUUAAGCAUUUUUGGUAAAUAAUGCAUUAUCAAGCCAUAUUGGCCUAACUGAACAUCAUUAUAUUUCUAUGAAAUGAUAUGUCUUAGCCACACUUGUGGUCUGCAUUGUAGGAAAUAAAUAAGCUUAUUUAAAUGUCAUUUACCUUGUUCCUCUCUUAUUCUGGGUUGCUCAUAUUUAGUAAGUCAACAGUAGUACAGAGAAA